UUGAUGUUUUAAAUAAAUUUUAGGUUAGCCUGGUUAGACCUGUGAUUGUGAAGAUACUUUUGUUAUAUUAAAAAAUACAUAUUACCUCCGACAUAAUUUAAUUCAUAAACAGUUUUAAACUGUUCAUAUAUUUUUUUAAGAGAAAUAAACAAAAUUUUGGGAAAUCAAUUAUGGCUUUAGUUAAUCGAGCGAUUCUACCAGUUAAAACACCGUUUAUAUUGGUGAAACGCUUUCGAGGAAAAAUCAAUAUUCAGAGACCUCGUAAACCCCAUUUUGAGAGACAGCUUUUGAUCGACCUAAGCAAGCCUUAUUAUGGUCCACGAAAAAAUAGCUUACCUGACUAUGCCCUUUGCGAUAAAAGCAAGCAAUCAAGCAGAACGGAAAUAGAUAACCCUUUCGAACGAAUUUUAGCCAGAGAAUGUCUAGAUUGGUUCAAUACAUCCAAAAUGGUUGUUUUCUUACAUCUUAAUUCAAUUAGUAUGGAAGAUAAAACUCCUAUAUUUGCGACUUUGAAGAAAAAUGAUAUGCAUCUUAGAACAUAUGGUAAAAAAAUUGUGAGCAUGGCUACAAAAGGCACUCGGUAUGAAGCUGUAAAUCAAUUGUUUACCUCCCACCAAAAUAUAAUUUUUGGUCAACCAGAUAAAGCUGACAAAAUGUUUAAGAUACUGAAAAAGGCACCACAAUUGGUUGUCAUGGCUGGGAUAAUUCAAGAUAAAUUUAUGUCUAAAAAUGAACUGUUGGAAUUCAGUAAAAUGCCCAGCAUUGACAUGGCCCGCAGUCAGCUUUGUGCUGUUUUGGACAGCGCUGGAUGUAGUCUAGUUAGACAAUUGAAUCAGAGUCAACAGAUGCUCGUGUCCUAUUUAGAAAAGCAUGUGGAACUUCAAAAUAAACCUAAAGAUCAAGACAUGGAGAGUUGAAAGCUGUUUCUUAGAUGUGUAUAAAUG